GAGUAAUUUCAACGGAUUUUCGUCCGAUUGUCGACAGAUUUUCUAAAACACAACGAGCGGAAGGCUUAAGAGUGGAUGGUUUCUUGGAAACAAGAGCGUGCUGUAAAACAUCAUCACUUGGACGUAUGCCAUAAACACCUCUGCGUAAAUUAAAUAUUUAGUGUUUACGAUUCAAGGGUUUCUGCUUUGAAAGCCUCACAAAAUUUCAAGUACUAUUGCGUGUAGAAUUGCAGAGUUGCAUUGAUACGAGUUCUUGAACAUUCAUCUGGGGUUCUUCCUUGCAACACGCGAAAUUAUUUUUGAAACGUAAUUCAUGGAAACCAAAUAUCUGUAAUAAGUCGGCAGUGUCUGACUUUUAUGGUGAUAUAUCAGAACGAUAUCUAAAGGAGGUGGUGAAGGGCAUGAAUUCGAGACGUGACACGCUACUCCUGUAGUAUCAGAUUUCCGUCAUCGAAAGACGUUUGGUUCAGCCCAUUUUACAACUGCGAUAUAAGUUGUACACUACAUUUGCGUGGUCGAUGUUUGAUAAAGAUCUCACUCAAGAACGGGAAAGUAUAUAAUAUGUCGGAUACCGAGCUUCAACGAGGUGAAAGUUUUAUGGCUACAGAAACGGACUCGGGAAUGGCCAGCGAUGCUGCGAUUGUGCGGAGAGACGAAGAGAUUUUUCAAGAAAUGAAAUCUAGAGAGACGGAUUUCACUUUCAAGAUAAUGUGUCUUGGAGACGACACGGGCUUUGGAAAGAAAGGAGGCUUUAUGUCCGAUUAUAUUCAACGUCGGCCGUUAAGCUUUUAUCACAAGCCUACGAUAGGGGUCGAUUUUUACCUAAAUUUCAUUACAUGGAUCGACGAAGCAACGAAUAGAGACUUCACUGUGAAACUGCAAUUUUGGGAUGUCGCCGAACAUGAACGCUUUCUCAAGAUGACAAGCGUGUUUUGUAGGAACUGUGUCGGUGCAUUGGUGUUCUGGGGACCAAAGAGCCCUUCUCCUCUUGGCAGUGUUUUAAAGUGGAGCGAAAAAAUCAAAGAGGCGAACCCAAAAGAUGCCAAUAUACCUCUUGUUCUUAUUAUAGAGAACAUUCCGACGUCCAAGCGGGGUAAACCUGUUGAUUGGAUCGGCCCCGGGAAAUUGAUCGAAAACAAAGUUUUGUUGGACGAGUUUUGCGCCAGGAAUGGAUUCGUGGGUUGGUUUCAGCUUGUGUCGAGAGAGGGGGACGGGUAUACCGGCGUGAUGACUAAAGCAGUAGAUUGUCUGGUUCAAAAUAUUUUCAAGCGACGCAAUCUCCGAAAGCCGUGACAAUUGUUUGAACUUCCGGUGGAUACUGAAUGCAUGCCAAAUGUUUAUGAGAAUUUCCGGUCAAAGCGUUUGAUAACAACAUUGUUACCUUAAGCGGCUUUGAACAGUCACGAGAUACUAAGUGGUUUACCUCACUACCAACAUAUUUGGAAGUUCACUCUGUAAAUACCUGAAGAAAAAACAAAACGAAACUAUGCUAAUAGUUAUUAACUUAACAAUCACGAGAUACGAUUUGUGAUAUAUAGUAGAACUCUUCAAAUCUAGCGUGAAGUUUACUUCAUGCAUUUUGUGGGAAAACGGAUUUUACUUUGAAGCAAAGCAUACUUGGGACGUGAGUUACUGAAGCAUCGUUUCGUGACAUUUACUAGAUUACACUCCAUAUCUUUGAUUGUGCACAGAAAGCAAUGAUUUUUUUUAAUUCGGCAAUUGAAUUAAGGAAUAAGACAAAAAUUAAUAGGGAGAGAUAUACAGGAUUUCUAUUAUUUAUUGAAAUAAUUUUGCAAAAUUCUAUCCGACUUCGAUGCUCCAAAGAUGUUCUCUUUAAUUUUUUUGUCUUUACAAGUUCUUUCAAAUCAAAUGUUAAGAUAUUGACAGACUUAACUGUUUUAGAUUGAGUUUGACUAAUGGUCGUGGGUCGUGGGUACAAGUCGUGGGUACAAGUCGUGGGUCGUGGGUGUGGGUGUGGGUGUGGGUAAAAAGUCGUGAGUGUGGAUAAUACAUAACAAUUAAUGGUUAAGAGCUCAUAUUUAAUAAUGUUAAUUCAAGAACACGGCCAAUAGCCGUGUUUCUGAUCCUAUUGGCCGUGUUCUUGAAUUAAAAUUAAUUUGUGCUCUCAGUGCCGGUUAAAAAUAAAUGAAGUUUCAGAAGUAAAAGUAUAUCCCUCUGCUGGUUAGGGAAAAUAAAGCUUCUGUUGAUCAA